AUGGUGCCGGGCGAGCCGGCGCCGGGCGGGCCGGGCGCGCCGCGGGGCAGCGCUGAGGGGGCCGCGGCGGGCAGGAAGCAGCGCGCGGCCGCCCGCAGGAAGGCCUUCUCCCUGUUCGUCAAAGCCAAGGAGGUGCCGGCCGCGGCGCGGUGUCCCGGCGGCGGAGAGGGCGUGCGGUGGCGGUGCUGCCGGCAGGCGUUCGAGGAGCUGCCCGGCAUCCACCGGCACGUGGCCCUGCACCACUCCGGGGACGUGGGGCGGCAGGCGGGGCUCGGCGCGGGGCCGGGCCCGGCCGCAGGGAGCCCCGAGGGCGGCGCGGCCCGGCCCGGCGGGCACUCCUGCGGCAGCCCGGAGAUCUCCUGGGCGCUCCCGGACACCAGCCACGUCAGCCAGGAGGAUCUGACGAGCCAGGUGGGAGAAGUACUUCUCUAUUACUGUUACUGUGAGGUGAGGGAUCCAGAGAAACUUUGUGCUUGGCAAAAGGCUUUGUGUCAGCAUCUACAUCUCACUGGCAAGGUACGUGUUGCUUCAGAGGGGAUUAAUGGGACAGUUGGUGGAAGCAAAGUAGCUACCAGUCUCUACAUUAAAGUUAUGCUUUCCCAGCCUCUGUUCAAAAACAUUUUGUGUCAAGAGGAUUUCAAGAGCAGUGCAGGAGGAGCUCACUGUUUCCCAGACCUCAGAGUUGGAGUAUUCAAAGAAAUUGUACCUAUGGGCAUUGAUCCAAAGAUAGUGUCUUAUAAAGAAACUGGAAUCCAUUUAUCCCCUCAGGAAUUUCAUAGAGAAGUAGAACAAUAUUUGUCUCAGGCCACUCAAGGACAAAGCGAUACCAUCUUGCUGGACUGUAGAAACUUCUAUGAAAGUAAAAUAGGACAUUUCCAGGGCUGUCUGGCUCCAGAUAUCAGGAAGUUCAGCUAUUUUCCAAGCUAUGUAGAUGAAAACCUAGAGCUUUUUAAAGACAAGCGUGUCCUGAUGUACUGCACAGGAGGGAUUCGUUGUGAAAGAGGCUCUGCUUACCUCAGGAGCAAGGCAGUGUGCAGAGAGGUUUACCAGCUAAAAGGUGGAAUUCACAAGUACCUAGAAGAGUUUCCAGAUGGAUUCUACAGGGGGAAGCUGUUUGUAUUUGAUGAUCGUUACGCCAUUUGUUCCAAUGAAGAUAUCAUCUCAGCAUGCAGAUACUGUGGGGUGCUGUGGGACCAGUAUAAACUUUGUUCCAGUCAGCACUGCCGGCAGCUUGUCCUGACUUGUCCAAGUUGUUGCAAGAAAGGUCUUACAGCUUGCUGUCCUGUUUGUCAAGAGAAGGUGCUCAAGGUGACCUCAAGGGCUUCAGGACAGACACUUAAGGAGGAAUGUGAAUGCACAAGGAGGCGGCCAAGGGUACCAAUUGAACGUCUCUCACCAAGAAUGCUGGACACAGGAAAGGAUUAAGCUGUUUCAUUGGUUAAUCUGGCAUGUGCUCAUGUGAAGGGCUUCUGUAACCAGUUCUCUAUCUGUUAAUCAGUUAGGUUUGGAAAUUAUGAAAAUAUGUUGGCUUGGAAAGUCUUGUUCAUAUGCUGCCUUUAAACAUAGUAUAUGCCCUAAAAACCAUCCAUUACUUGCCUGUAAAUUACCAGAGUGCCCAAUCCAUCACCAGCACUACAGGAUUCCUCUCUCUGGGUACAGUCUUGUAGUGUGGCCUUUACCAUGGGGAUUUUGCAGCAAAGUAUCUGCAAUGUGACAGAGCUGCUCACAAUUCAAAAGAAACUGAAGGAAUUAAAGAACAAUUCCAUUUUUUCUCUUCCUGCAUGGAGAUAACCUGUCUGACCUCUCCAAGGAUCAUGCAUCUGCUUCAAUAGCUUGUAGUGAGGUAUGCAAACAGCAGAUUUAUCAAUUUGAUGUGGGUAUGUAACCAGAUUAGAUCCUGAAGAUAUAUUCCAUAUGCACACCAUUAACCUGCAUCUCUUGCUUUAUAUCAGUGAGAAGCAAGGUGAAGUUACCUGAAAUAACUGGCUUAACUUUCCUGUAAAACUGGCUGAAAGCAGCAAGAGGAGCUGGAGCUGGCCCAGAGAUACUGUUUGCCCAGCCAUACUUGUGUGACCUGCAGGAUGAACAGCAAACCCAAUCUUCUUUCCAGUGCUCAGUCUCCCUGGGAACUGUUUUUUCUCCUCAGCUUGUCAGUGUAUGAAAUAUGCAGGGCUCAGCUCUGCUUGCACUAAAAAAACCUGACAGCUUGAAGCAUGUUGGAACAAGCACACAAAGGGGAGCACAGAGAUUGUCAAAAUACCAGUAUCAUGGCACUGUAAGUGAUGCAUGUGUGCAUAAAUGUCAGCAACAGCUAUGAGGAGAAUGCAAGAUUUUUUAUCCAAGUUAAAUAAUUCAGGUUCUGGGGAGCAUUUGUGCUUUUUAAGCAUGAGUUGAGUUUUUUAAAAGCUUCAAGAUGUUUAUGCAAUUUCCAGCACUUUUUAGUGGAGAAAUUGUCUUUGAAGGGACCUACAGCAGAUGAGAUUAAAAUACUGCCCCACGUGCUGUAUUGUGUGCCUGAUGCUGCAGGAUGCUACAGAAAGGAUUUAUUAAUAGUGUGGAAGAUGUGUCUUGACUGAAAAAUGUCUGAAAUUUACUGUCCUCCUGGGAACUAAACAGUAAAUCUUUAGGACAUCAAAGUCACUAGGUUUGGAGUUUUUUACUGGCAAAUGCUUUUAAAAGCAAGAAAAUAGAUUCUUAGAUUUCUGCUGUUGCUUAAUGACAGGACUGUGUUAUUUUCAUUUAGAUUGUACCUUUCUCUCCAUGGUGCUAUUAAUUCAGCAAGGUCUCAUUGUUGGCUUGACUAGCAACUUAAAUACAUGGACAUUGGUUCCAUUAAAGCCAUGACAGACAUUUCUUCUUGCUUCCAGUAUUGCUAUCAUGAAAUCAACAGUUCACCAACUGUCCUCAUAACAAUUCCAUUAGUGAUGGAAAACCCUGGAGUUUAGGUAUCUUUCUAGGAUAGUAUUUAAUAGUAAAUCUCUGAGCGACCCAUCCUUGAGAAGAAAUUAGAAAAUUCCCAUCAGUAGAGACCUUCAGCAGAAGUCUGAGCAGUGCCAAUGUCUCCCUGGCUUCCCAGUCCCUGCUGGCUGGUUAACCUCAUAGUUUUGAGGACUGGAGUAUUUGUGGAGAAACAUGCAGGCUCUGCUGUGGGUCUGGUCUAAAGCACUGAUGGGGAGUGCCCCAUGAUCUUCCUGUGUUAGGCUAAAAAGAACACAAUUUUGUAAUUCACUCUAUCAGCAGGUCUGGAACACUGUAAUCAAUUUGUAAUGCUGUUUCUGUAUCACUUAUCAGUACAGGAUGGCAACAGCUAUAUUUUAUAUGUAAAUUUCUGAAACAUCUAUGAUAAAAUAACCUUUAGUGCUUCCAUUAUAGUUUUUUAAGUCCUGCACAAAUACACUUAACAUGUUAUGUUGGAGCUGCUUGAUUCUGUAGAGAUAAACACUGAAACCUAGUCUGCCACAUGCCAGACCUGGCUACAAGAUACAGUUCUCCUGAGAGCUCCUCACAGCAGAGAUUCUACCUCAAAGGCAGAAGGGAGCCAUGAGGCCUCUUCUGGUCCUUGCUGCACUAAGGCAAGGGAGGAGAAGGAUUUGUUAUGUACAGAUGGAAUCCCAUAAAGCCAUGUUCUCUCUGCUGCAGAGAUCAAAGAAGGGGAUAAGAGACGGUGUUAGUCUGCUUCUUGCAGGUUAGCCCGUAAGGGACUCUCUGUCCUGUUUUCUGGUUUAGUUUGAUCAGAUUAAUACAGAUUAAAUAAGGAACUUGUCAUGUGAAAAGCUAUGUGUUGGCAUCCAGGCAUCUCAGUGGUAAUGCCUGAGAGAAGGCACAUGGGCUCCAGGAGAAGGAAGAGUUUUCGGCAGGAUGGGCUGUAACUGCCAGAUGCUGCAGUCAGCAGAUGGCUUUUCCUCCCUUUUCCCAGAGAGCUGCUGGGCCCAACAGGAAUACAUUUGCUCCCAAGUAUCACCAUUUUGUAGCUCCAUUGCUGCACAGCUCUCACUAUACGACCUGAUGCCUCAGCACUGUGUCCUGCAGAAAAACAGCUCUGUGAGGAUCAGCCAGGGAACCUGGAAUGAUCCUGACAGCUUAGGAUACCUUUGGGCUGCAAAGUUAAUAUGGUUCCUGCUAUGGUGAAACACACGACAAAGUUCUUAACUUUUUUUUUUGUUGUUGUUAAGGGCUGGAGUAGUAUCCAUGGUCUCCCUUGUCUGGAGAUGCAUCUCCUUGCAUGGCUGUGCUUCUUAGUACCACCAGAAUUUUUCAGGAUAAGAUUCAUUUGCAUUCUGAAACCAAGGGAAGAGCUGAGCCUGUGUCAUGCAAAUCCGAGUGGAUGGCUCUGCUGAAAGUGUGUGGCUCUGAUUUGAUUAUGUAGUUGGUCAUUUCAGUGUCUUCACAGUGCACACAGAAGACAAGAAGUCUGCCAGUUUUUUUCAUUUUAGUAUAUUUUCAAGUAUUUUUCUUCCACAUUCAUAUUCUGAUUUUUUGCACAGUGGAGGAAACAAGCUAUAGUGAAACAUUUUAUAUGACACCGCGGGCACAUUUAUUAAAAUUUGAAGAGCACAAGUGCGUUUCCCACAUUGCUGAAUAGUGUUUCUCUGCUUUGCUGGUCAGAGCUAAAUCAGUGGUGUUUGUGCACAAGCUCUGAAGAAAUCUCUGGGACUUUUGCCACAAAGUUUGUAAAAGGCUGGAAAACUUCACUCCAACAGACAUUUAAAAGCAGAUUUUUAGCAAAAGAGAACAUUUUCUAGGAUGUCUCAUUAAGGUUUCAGUACAGCAGUGAUUCUUCCAUGGAGACUUCUUACUGAGCAGGAUCCCACCCACAUUAACAGUGGGAGUUUUGGAUCUGCUGGGUCCAGUCCAUUGCAGUUCUGGGAGAUGCACAAGCCUGUGGGGAAUUCCUCCCAGGCUGGAUGAUGAGUGUACACUGACAAAAAGCUGUGAGAUCAUACGUAGUGUAAGUUUAGAUUUGGGGUAUUUCACCUCACAGCUCUUUUAGGGCAAACACUUAUUCUUGCAUUUAUGUGGACAUAAGGGACAGCAGUAAAAGAAAUCAUUCCUAGUGGAACAAAAUUUCAUUAAUGGACAUGGUCAUCUAGACAAAACAGCAAAGGAAAAGAAUUCCACCUGUCUCCAGUGAAUAUCUGGACACACACUUUUAACAUUAGGAAACGGAAAGGAGUGGGGAGUAGAAGAGAAGGUUCUCAUUUGCUGAUUAGUUUGGCCAUCUCUGGGAGUUAGGGUUUGCAUCACACCUCUUAGAAUGACUCUUUUCUUCACAUGUGCAUAGGAUUAAAGGAUAUUCACCCAUCUAAACCACUCAAUUUUUGAGACUCUCUUUAAUAUUUGGUGGCCUUAAGUUCCAUUUAAUCAGGGGGUGGAGAUCAGGUUUUUUUGUAAGAAACACUGGGAUGCAUUUGAAAUGGCAUCUUCAGUUAAUGAUUCAGCAAAUGUUGGUAAAAAAUUGUUAACUUACAAUUCUUGAAAUUAGCCAUGUUUCCAGAUGUUAGAAGUGCUUGUUAAGCUAGUUUACUCCUCUGUAGUUACUUGAGAUCAACUUUGAAAAAAAAUAAAAA